AUGGGUAUCAGCAAGAUCCACGCCCGUUCCGUCUACGACUCUCGUGGCAACCCAACCGUCGAGGUUGACAUUGUCACCGAGACUGGUCUCCACCGCGCCAUCGUCCCAUCCGGUGCAUCCACUGGUUCCCACGAGGCCUGCGAGCUGCGUGACGGUGACAAGAGCAAGUGGGGCGGCAAGGGUGUGACCAAGGCCGUCGCCAAUGUCAACGACAAGAUCGCCCCAGAGCUGAUCAAGGCCAACCUUGACGUCAAGGACCAGUCUGCUGUGGACGGCUUCCUCAACAAGCUCGAUGGCACUCAGAACAAGACUGAGCUUGGUGCCAAUGCCAUCCUCGGUGUCUCCAUGGCUGUGGCCAAGGCUGCCGCUGCGGAGAAGCGUGUCCCACUCUACGCCCACAUCAGCGAUCUCGCCGGAACCAAGAAGCCAUACGUCCUUCCAGUGCCAUUCAUGAACGUUCUCAACGGCGGCUCGCACGCCGGUGGUCGCCUUGCUUUCCAGGAGUUCAUGGUCGUCCCAUCUGAGGCACCCAGCUUCAGCGAGGCCAUGCGCCAGGGCUCCGAAGUCUACCAGAAGCUCAAGACUCUCGCCAAGAAGAAGUACGGCCAGUCUGCUGGCAACGUCGGUGACGAGGGUGGUGUUGCCCCAGAUAUCCAGACUGCCGAUGAGGCUCUUACUUUGAUCACCGAUGCCAUUGAGCAGGCCGGCUACUCCGGAAAGGUCAAGAUCGCCAUGGACGUCGCCUCCUCCGAGUUCUACAAGACCGACGCCAAGAAGUACGAUCUCGACUUCAAGAACCCAGACAGCGACCCAGAAAAGUGGGUCACCUACGAGCAGCUUGCCCAGCAGUACCGCGACCUCUCAGCCAAGUACCCAAUCGUUUCCAUUGAGGACCCAUUCGCUGAGGAUGACUGGGAGGCCUGGAGCUACUUCUACAAGAACUCCGACUUCCAGCUUGUCGGUGAUGACUUGACUGUCACCAACCCAACCUUCAUCAAGAAGGCCAUCGAGACCAAGGCUUGCAACGCUCUCCUGCUCAAGGUCAACCAGAUCGGUACCAUCACCGAAGCCAUCCAGGCCGCCAAGGAUGCCUACGGUGCUGGCUGGGGUGUCAUGGUUUCUCACCGCUCUGGCGAGACUGAGGAUGUCACCAUCGCCGACAUUGCCGUUGGUCUCCGCUCCGGUCAAAUCAAGACUGGCGCACCAGCGCGAUCUGAGCGUCUGGCCAAGCUCAACCAGAUCCUGCGUAUCGAGGAGGAGCUCGGCAGCAAUGCCAUCUACGCUGGCAACAAGUUCCGCACUGCCGUGAACAUCUAA